UUUUGUAAUAAUUCCAAAAGCCCCAAACGACCUGUUUCGCAAUAUUUUGAUGCGAUGGAUAAUAACGAGCACCUUCUAAAUAACUUGUUGGAUAAUAAAUACAAAGAAGACUACAUUCCGGAGUCAGUAGCUAACUUUGAAGAAGGUUCAUCUGAUGAGGAUGAUCAAACCUCGGGGGGCGAAGCUAUGGAUGUGGUGCCCUUCAACCAAACGAGAAGGUACUUGUAUGCAGUUAUUGCUCUUAUCUUAGCCAUUUCUCUAUCGAUGUUCUACGGGCAAUUUUACACUGCGGAGAAACGCUGUGAUUUUGAGAAUCUGCGUAGGAUCAAACCCAUACAGUCGGAAAGAGUAUGGAGGGCUCUACAAAAAGGGAUUGAAGGACUGAUCAAUAAGCGUGACCCGAGACCCAGUGUGUUUCUGUUUCUGCAUGAAGAUAAGAGCCUAAUGACACUCAUUGAAAAUAUUACCAUUGAGGCGUCCGGCUGUUUUGGUAGACCUGGGAAGCUUAUGCAUAUGAGCAUAGAUGACUUUGCACCGCCCACCGAAGACUACGGAUUUGGCAUUGCGCAGUUCCAGAAGAAAUUGAAAGACGGCAAAGUAUUUCGCAUCGUCAGUCUCAAUGAGAUUCCUCCUAGCUCGGCACGUGCCUUGCAUACGAUUUGCGACACUUACAGCCCCAUUGCAGCAGACGCAGUCAUCUUUCUUACGCUGCAGACAUUCAACACGACGGAUUCUGGAAACUCGGUUGAACUGGCCUGGGAAACGCUGUUCGAACUGUGGGGCACUCAUCUCGCAGACAACGAGCUUGAUCCCCUUAUCACGCGUGUCACCGACCAGGUGCUUCAUCUAAAGGCCAAGAUCUAAGCUGUUUUUUUGUUUAAACCUUGCUUUAGACGAAAUACAAUACAUGGGAGUAUUUACAAGUAGUUAA